CCCGAUCAGAUCACAUAUAAUAUGCCAAAAAAUUUACCCCAAAUAUCUUUGAUAUCACUCCUAGACGCUUUUAACUUCACGUGGUGCAAUUAUUCUGUACCAGAAGAAUGGGGUAAAGCCAUUAUAAUACCAAUAUUAAAACCCGGUAAGUCAAAAGAAGAUCCAUCCAACUAUAGACCAAUAUCUUUAACAAACACCAUAUGCAAAACUUUUGAAAAAAUU